GCGCAGCCCGCGUAUCAGCACCGGGCAGGCUGGACUUUUGUCGGAACGGCAAACCCACCAACCCUGUUUCACACUGGACCAGCGGAGCAUUUGGGAAUACGUUGAUCGGCACAUGUAAACGUGGAUUUUAUAGCUAAAAACAUUUUGUAGCGCAGCCUGUAGCAGCUUUAGCCAAGUAGGCUCCGCUAGCUUAGCCGGUUUCGUGCUAACAGAGCGGCGGCGCGGUUCGCUUCUUUCAGGCGUCUGAGCGGUCGACGUAAACACCAGGGGACAAACAUGUCGGCGGAGCCGCUUGUCAUCACGCUGGCAGCAGGAGCAGGGAGCACGAGUGGCGUCACGCUCCCGGUGGUCUUAAAGAAAAUCAUGGAAAUGCCUCCGCCGAACAUUCUGGACUGCGACGACGACACUGACAAGGAAAAGCAAUGUCUGGGAGGUAAUGGUGAUGUGAGUGGGGGAGGCAGCGACAUGGGACCUUCAGCCGCUCUGACUCCUGCCAUCUGGGAGAAGACUAUUCCUUACGAUGGAGAGAAUUUCCACCUGGAAUACAUGGAUCUGGAGGAGUUUCUCAUGGAGAACGGUAUCCCUGCAUCCCCUCUUGAGGACGCCCUAAAAAGCAGCACAGAAGGAGACACUGAGAAGGCGGAGGAACUUAAUGCUUCUCCUUCUGCGAAGUCAAUGCCUUCCAAGGCGCCAGUCGCUCUUUUGCCCAUUCAGGAGUUGGACAAGUGUGAGGAAGAAGUUGUGAUCAUCACAAAGAGUGACACAGAUAUCACGUCUGAUGCAACUGCGGAGGUCACCACUGAGAAGGACCGAGUGACACCCGAGCCCAUCAACCCUGAUGAAAUUGAGGUUGACCUCAAUUAUGAGCCGGAUCCCACAGACUUGGUCCUGUCUAGUGUGCCUGGGGGCGAGCUGUUUGACCCGCGUAAACACAAGUUCACGGAAGAUGAACUGAAGCCACAACCUAUGAUCAAGAAGGCCAAGAAGGUGUUUGUGCCUGAAGAGCAGAAGGAUGAAAAGUACUGGCAGAGGAGGAAUAAAAACAAUGUGGCUGCCAAACGCUCACGUGACGCCCGUAGGCUGAAGGAAAACCAGAUCACGGUCCGAGCUGCUUUCCUGGAGCGCGAGAACACUGCGCUGCGGACAGAGGUGGCCGAGUUAAGGAAGGAGUGUGGCCGCUACAAGAACAUCGUCGGCCGCUAUAAAGCCAAAUUUGGAACACUGUGAGGCACCAGAAUAAUCCAUGCGGAGCCAGAAGACCAGUAGACAGCAGCUGAUUUAUUUCUUUGUUUUUCAAAUGAAUAAAUACAUCAGAACCUUUGGGGUUGCUACGUGAGAACAGAUCAGAUGACGAAGAGGACAAAGAGCAUGUGUGAGGGCAAGACUGAUCUUGCAGUGUAGAUGCAGUAGCAUGUUAAGGCCCAUCACCUUUCCUUUCGACUUACACUUAUCAGUGUGAGUGAAACAGGUAGGAGGAUAUUCAAGUGCUUCUUCAGUGCACCUCUCUAAUGACAUGUGCUAUUAUCAUAUGAUAGAACUAUUGUCAGAAGCAGUCAUGUGGUAUUUUUGUUGGAGAAACUGGGUUUUUUUUAGAUUAAAAUGAAAGGUAUUCUUAUGGUAUUUCAGAAAUAAGUUCUGCAGGCUGCCUUUGGUUCUGUCCUGUCCUGUCAAUUGAACUUGGGGUUAAUCGUUAUUAUUUAGGAUACACACACACACACACACAUAUUAGUAUCUGGGACUGUGUUCUGAGCUGGGCUUUUCUUUGCCCACCAAAGCUUUUGACUGUGACAUUUCCAACUUUUGAAACUCUUUCAGGGGAUUACAGUGAUAUCAUUUCUCUCGAUGUGCUCAUACUCCUUACCAGCAGCAAAGAACUGUACUGUGCGUUUUUCACCAUUCAGCAGUGUAUGUCUCGCUGUCGCUCCUCUUUGUUUGUCGCCUAAAAUGAUACUUUCUGUAUUAUUUUAUAGAUAUGGAUGUAUGCAUAGCACUAUAAACCCAGAUACAGCUCCAGUGUUGUUCCAAGCUUUGUUUAGACCUGUGUUAGAUAUUAGGUAAUGUAAUUGUAAAGUCCCUAAAGACCCCCACAGUAUGUGAACCUUUACCCGAAGCGUUUGAGAGAAUGCAUCCCGUGUUGGUGAACACUUUUGAUCCAAUAUUAUAAUUCAUCUUGCUCUGUUUUUAGAGAUUAGGGCUGCCAACAGAAACUUUGUUUUUCACACGUCAUUGGACGAAACAAUGAGUCCCAGUGAGUGCAGACUGUAUAGGGGCAUCUCUUUGAUUGUUAAGGGUCCCCCACAAUCUCUUAAGUGUCCUCAAUGUUUAUUAAAGCCAUUUCAAUGCAGUGCACAGUCUGCCAGUUUACAGGGGGCAUAUUGUAACAUGUUGUGUAACUUUUCACUGUCUAAUUGUGACAAAGGGAAAACUGUCCCUUGCUGCUGAGCUUCCAUCCACAGGCAUGCUGUCUUUUUGAUACUGUGGUAACUUUUGGUAAAGAUUAAAAAACUAAUACUUUUCUCAAAUAAUGUCUAAACUAAACUGGUUCUUCUAUUAAACUUUGCAGUAGAAACAGCUUGAGUGUAAAACCUAUGGAUUAAUACUAGGUCAGAAUUGCAACAUUUAUUUAGAAUAAUAAUAAAUCUGAGGUUUUAAUUUUUGUAUUAGAAGACCAACAUGAAUGGUGAGCUUCCUGACUUGUUUUCAUUUUGUGUUUUCUGCUUUACUACAGUUUACAUCAUCCUUAUGUCUAGAACAGGUCAAUGUGUUAACUGUGAGGGAUUUUUUUAACCUUCCUGUUUCCAUCUUUGUAAAGAAUCAUUCUGGCAUUUUGAGUGUGGACUUUUGUAUAUAAAAUAUCUAUGAAUAAAGCCUUAUUGAUAAAGUCUUAAA